AUGCAAACCCCAACCCCAAAACCCAACCCCAACCCCAACACCCAACCCCAAAACCCAAACCCAACCCCAACCCUAAAACCCAAACCCAACCCCAAACUUAACCCCAACCCAACUACAACCCCAAACCCAACCUCAAACCCAAUUACAACCCCAAACCCAACUACAACCCCAAACCCAACCCCAAAACCAAACCCAAUCCCAAAACCCAAACCCAAAACCCAACCCAAACCCCAAACCCAACCCAAAACCCAACCCCAACCCAACCCCAACCCCAAAACCCAACCCCAAAACCCAACCCCAAAACCCAACCCCAAAACCCAAACCCAACCCCAACCCAACCCUAACCCUAACCCAACCCCAAAACACAAACCCAACCCCAACCCAACCCAAACCCCAAAACCCAACCCAAAACCCAACCCCAAAACCCACCUCCAACCCAACACCAACCCCAAAACCAAACCCAAUCCCAAAACCAACCCCAACCUAAAAACCCAACUCCAAACCCAAACCCAAACCCAACCCCAACCCAACCACAACCUAAAAACCCAACUCCAAACCCAAACCCAACCCCAACCCAACCCCAACCACAAACCCAACCCCAAACUUAACCCCAACCCCAAAACCCAAACCCACCCCAACCCCAACCCCAAAACCCAAACCCAACCCAAAACCCAAACCCAACCCAAAACCCAACCCCAACCCAAUGCAAACCCCAACCCCAAAACCCAACCCCAACCCCAACACCCAACCCCAAAACCCAAACCCAACCCCAACCCUAAAACCCAAACCCAACCCCAAACUUAA